GUUGGUGUUCGUAUCUUGGUAUUCGUACUUCGCAUCAUAUGAUGAUGAUGGCCGCUGCAAAUGUGUGUUAGUUGCCGUCGCCGCUACGGGUCGUUUGGUGGUGUUGGUGAGCGUAGUACAGCUUGUCUCUUGCUUGUGUUCCCCAGCGUGUCCGUGUCCAUGUAUUCAUUCCGUCUAUUCUGUGGAGUGUAUUCAAUUGACUGUCAAAUGCAGUCCGACUAAAAAGUGCUAGAUGAUAGCACCGAUUCAAGUGCAACAAUAUUUUUUUAAAAUUAAACAUAAGUGCCAGUAAAGGUAGUCAAGCAGCCAGUCAUCGGCUUGCACUUCUUUACUUUGAUUAUGUCGAGUGAUUUGAUAUGGUUAUCAUCAAAUCAUUAGGUAUGUUGACAUUUCGGAAGCGCGUGUACUCUAAAUGAAUGGAACUCAUGAAUGGAACACGAGGGUUCUGUGGAAAAAGACUAAUGCUAUAUAAAAACUAUUAUGUGAUAGGGAAUAUAGUGUAUUCUAAUCCAGUUUGGGAUGGCUACCGGCGGCCCGGAGCCUGGGCCGUCGGAGAGCUCGCGGAGUUGUGACUUAAGCCUUCAUGGCUUUUCGGAACAACCGUGGUCUGUGUUUGCGGCAGCCCUGGGCCGAGAUCACCCGAUAAGUGAUGAUAAAUCCGAAUGCCUCAACAAGUCUUACGUGCAUAGAUUUGAUUGCGAUUAUAUGGGUCUCUUUGGGUUCUUUCCUAACCGAGAAGAUUUUUUAACUGUUGUCUGUGAUGAAUGUAAUACAUUAUUAAUACCACAUAGAGUCAAGCAACAUUUGUUGAUUUAUCAUAAGAAGGAUUCAACAGCUACUAAACCUAUUCAAAAUGAUCUGUUCAUUAAGCACAAAGAACAUGAGCAUAAUGCAUCUCCAAAGGUUCAGAAAUUCAAUCCUGAUAUUCACUGUGGCGUGGUAUCGGAGGAGGAUUCAAAGCCUUGCAUGCAUUCUUUGACUUGCAAGAGUCAUUCAUCAUUUAUGAGGCGCAGUGUUGCGGGCAGAAGCAAACCUUUCAGCAAGCUUCUUACAGAACUUUCACAACAUCAUCAUAUAUCUACAAAGGAAACAAAGGCAAAUGCUGUUUCAAACUCUGCAAAUAAUGGGGGCAAGCAUUCGGAUGUUGUUAGUAAGAGCAAUCACAAUUCACUUUUGAAAUCAAGUAUCAAGCAGCAUGAACCUCAGCCUGAGAACAUAUCUAAUAAAAACCAUGUAAGUGUGGCUAAAUCCAUCAGCAGCAAUCAUUCAGUAAGCAAUGCAAAUACAUCAGGGCAAAAGAACUUGACAUCACAGUCAGCAAGAAAUAUUCAAGAAUCUGUGAAGACGAUUAUUAUAACUGGUAAUGGCAAGAGUUCUGAUACACAAUAUAGAGGAAAUCAUAGUACUGCUAGCUCAAAGUCAACUUUGUCAUCAAAACUGUCUGGAUCAGUAUCUGACAGUCAUUCCAGGAACGGCUCGGCAUUAUCUUCAGCUACUACAACAGUGGGCAGUUCUAAUGGUGCUUUAAAUAUAAGUAGUUCUCACAAGGUAACAUCACAAUCCAGCAAAAGUCAAGAAUCUACAAAAUCCAUGACAACUGUGAAGCUUGCCAAAUCUAAUUUUUCGUUACCUUUGACAUUUCCUUUGUCUUGUAUUACUGAUCUUUCUUUACUUAAACCAAAUGCAUCAUUACUUAAAUCUGCUGUUGCAUCAGUAGCAACGGUAGCAACACCGGUAGCGGCCCCUGUAAGUGCUUCAAUUCCAAAAAAGCAGCCACAGGUUGUGAGCACAGCUCCAGUUACAGUCACAAAUACGGCAAAAACCAGUGUCACUUCUUCGACAUGCAAUGCAAUGACAAAUACUGCCAUUAAUACCAUGCAUUUGAGAAAUAAUAACCACGUUUAUCUAAACGUAAUGUCUGUAGACUAUGAACAAAAUAUACCUAAGCCCUCAGCUGUUUGCACAUUUAAUAGUAGAAAAUUGAAAAACCAGUUAAUAUUCACACCAAAGGUUAGCUCAUAUAAGGAGGCCUUUGAUCCUGUUAUAAGUUAUUUCAAUAAUAUCCCUAAUCAGCCUCAUUCUAGACCACCGCUUGUUAGUAAUUAUAAUUUAACAAAUAGUAUGAAUGGCCCACAUUCUGUGAAUGGAUACAAUCACAAUCCUCUCAUGAUGCAAAUGCCUUCCACGCCUGUUUCUUCUUUGAAGCCUAUGAUAGGAGGAAAGCCUACUACGUAUAGGCCCCUUUUGCCAAAAUGCCCUCCCACAAGGGCUCACACGCCAUACAGCUUUCAAUAUCAAAAUGGUUAUACGAAUGGGGUCUCCUCACCGCCACCCUCAUUAGCAGCAACUACCUCUUUAAAGAGACUGAAUCCUUAUAAUGUAAUGAACAAUACUGAUGAAGCAAAACAAAGUAGAACAAAUUUGAGCUCGGCUUUUAUUGUCGACGAUGAUGAUGAAUUGCCAAAUGGUAAAACUGAUCUGACAACAUUGAUGGAAUUGGAAUUUGAUGAACCCUAAUACUUAUGCACUUUCAUCUAGUUUAUCAUCAGCUUGAGGAACAGUUACUUUUAAUAAUUUAAGUGUAAAUGUGCAAGUUGGGAGCCUGGCGCUCGUUCUAAAUUUUGUGAUACUUGCGAUGUGAAGAUGUCCAUUCUCCGUAAGAUGAUGAGUAUAAAGAUUUGCAAACGUUCUCAUUAAAUAUGUACAUUUAAUACUCACUAUGUAGUCAGUUGUGUACGAAUAAUAAAAAUUCUAUUUUAGGACCUUACGAUGUAAAAAAUUGAUUUUUAUAAAUAUUUCAUAUUCAUAUCCAUCUUUUUAUUUUGUGUAGAGUGACAUAUAUCUAAGGUUUACGAAAUUAACCUUUUGUAACUGGUGAUGAAAGUCUCGUUUCUGAAAUGUUGUAUACCUUCAUGUUAAGAGUGUGCAAAUGCAUAUGUAAAUACUGAAUGCUUGUUGGGGGCGAGAGUGAACAAGAAUGGUAGUUUGAUUUUCAAUUGUGAAAUUAUGGAAUUGUAUAAAAAGUAAUUAAUGUUUUAGUUAAUUGAUUAUGUCUAA